AUGUUCGAUAAAUUGUUACGGGAAGAGGCAGAUUUCAAACAGAAAGGCUCUGGAUGGUCGCUUAAGGUAAUAGAAACAAUGCAGUUAAGAAUCAAUAUAGUGAAUCCUCUCAAAGGAGGAACAUAUAUUGAUUUACCCAAACAUGUUAAAGAUAAAAGAGCGAUUAUCAAUGUCCCUAAAACAGUACAAGAAUGGAAUGAAAUUAUUUCUGGUUUUGAUUCAACUUGGAAUUUUCCAGCAUUUGGUGCUAUUGAUGGAAAACAUAUCAUAAUAGACUGUCCAACACAUAGCGGAUCAAAUUAUUUUAACUACAAAGGAACAUUUAGCAUAGUUCUUUUAGCACUUGUAGACCAUAAUUACAAUUUCACAUGUAUAGAUGUAGGAAGCUAUGGCAGUAACUCAGAUGGAGGUAUAUUUGCAAAAUCAAGUUUACGUAAAUCAAUUGAAGAAAAUAAAUUGAACAUUCCAGAAGGAGCUGUUAUGCUUGGCGAUGAAGCUUUUCCGCUUAAGAUGUAUUUAAUGAAACCCUAUGCUAGACGUAACCAAUUAUCAAAACGAGAGAAAAUUUAUAACUACAGACCUUGUAGAGCAAGGCGCAUUGUCGAAAAUGGAUUUGGAAUAAUGGCUAGCCGUUUUCGGGUUUUUAGAAAACCAAUGCCACUUUUACCAGAAUCUGUUAUAAAAUUAGUUAAAGCUUCAUGUGCAUUGCAUAAUUGGUUGAGAAAAAAAUGUGGUAAGGGUAACUUAAUAUCGGUAGAUAUUGAAGAUCAUGAUACAGGCCGUACCUUACCUGGAUCAUGGAGAAAUGAACCAGGACCUUGUAGACUUGUCAAUAUAGCAACAUCAACUCAGAGAAAUUAUCUAAUUGAAGCUAGACAAAAACGAGAUAGAUUUGCUGAUCAUUUUAUGGGCGAAGGAGCUGUGAGUUGGCAGAGUAGAAUGAUCGAUUAA